AGUUUCUGGUGGCUUGUACAGCAAAGCUAGAUCUACGAAGUCAUGCCAAGAUUCUGUACGACUGGGAAGGCAAUGAAAUUACCCUCCCUUGCUGAGACGCCUGUACUAGACGAUUGCCUGCAGCCAGGGGGCACCUGCAUCCUGGGCCCGGUCUGGGUGUCCACAGGCGAGGGGUUCAGCCCCUCGGGAACCAGGGACUUCCUGCUUUCCAUACAGGAAGUGCUCAAUGGCCGGCUCAAGGAGGCCAAGAAGUUCAGGAAAGAGCUUAGGUACAUGCAGGAUGGAGAGACCGACAAGAUCAAGAUUGCCAUUAAGAUUCUGUCCAUGACUUCUGACGAGGUGGAGGAAGCCAUCAUCUUUACGGACAGCGACAUUGAUCAACUCACGGAGACGCUAGAUCGGAUCAAAGAAAAGCUUGAAAAUUUAUCUGAACUCGUGAGCAAGGAGGAAGCAGAAGGGACCCACUUCAGGAUGAGACACAUCCGGAAAAUGUCCCCGGAUAGGUCGUACAAGAUGGUCGGAAUGCCUGGAUUAAAGUUAAAGAUUCAUGAGAAUGGAACAGCGAAUGUUCCUAGGGAAUUCUAUUUCAACGUCCGCAAAGCUGCCCAGGGUAGCAGCAAGGAACUCAUCAUGCAGAGAUUAUUGGACGAAUUGUCAGGAAUGUUUGUGAACCCGCUGAAACCUAAAAUCGCCCCAGUGGCCAAGAAGAUUUUCAACACCUUUGGUCAAGAAAUCACUGAUGUAUUCACUCUACAGUCGGAUCAAGAAAUCUGGGUCUCAUUUGGCGAGCCAUACAUGUCGCCAUUUACAUUCUGCUUGCAAACCAUAUUUGACCAAGUGAAAGGGAAAGAUGUGUUUGGUGAGAAGCAAGUCAUACUUCGUGAGCAACUUCAGCCUGAUCUUAUUGAUGAAGACAACCCAAAAAGUGCUGCCAACUGUGAAUAUUACGAGGCCCACAUAGGGAUGCCACCAAGCUAUCAAUACGAGCAGUGUCAAUAUGACGGGGAACGAGAUCAUGUGAAUAAUCUAGCUGCCAUGGCUGAACUAGAUCCACAUGGACAUUACUUGCAGUACAUGUUGAAACCUUCCACAGUGCUCUACCCUGAGAUCAUUAUGAACCACAAGCUCCCCAAGAAUCACAAAGAACUAUGGCCUUCUGAGACACAAAUCUGGGUCAUUUCAAAGUCAGGAUUCAUCUACAUUAAGCCGUUCCCUCAGAUGUGCCUGGCAGUGUCAAGUUUAAGGAUCAACACGCAGCUGUCUGGUCGGAAUACAGCUGUGUCCGGAUACGUUGUCACGCUGCAGAAGAAAAUGGUGGGCAACCCACAUCAGAUGUGGAAUUUCAAUCCUGAUGCUACAAUUUCUUCUAAGCAAUACCCUGACCUCUUGCUGACCUACCUUGGCAAAAGGUUUGGUGAGAAUUCUGAUGACGUGUCACAGCCAGAGGGAGUCAAGCCAGGUGUGCGGGUCUACCUUGUUGUGUCAGAACCCCUCACCAAAAAACAUGACAAACCAUUGCAGAGGUUUGCACUAAAGCAGGAGCGGUUCGACAACAUCGGCCAGUGGAAACAUAACGACGCAACCAACCCAGAAUGGAACAAGCAAGCCCUGUCUUGGCCUACAAAAGCUGAUGGGUCCCUUAACCAAGAUUACGAUUGGCCCAUGGAGGGUUAUAUUAUACCAUGUGCACCUAAGUUACACAAGAAAAUAUCACAUGAAGAUGGUCUUACAGGAAUGACCCCACUUCGUCUGAUGGUACUUAAGAAUGGAGAACGGAACACAAACCUUGUAGUUCCUGUGGUUGGACCAAACCUGACCAAUUUCAUGAAGGACCUUUCCAAGAAGCCUCCGCUGCCAGACGGCAAGAAGAGCAGGCGAAAACAACAACAACAACAGAAGCAUCAUCAUCAGCAUGAUGAUAUGAUCCCCGAGGCUGAGACCGGACCCAUUGAGAUGGACGUGAAUCUGCACUGCAGGGACCUCACUGUGCGAGAACUCGAGUUCAGUAUGUUCUUGGACCACUGCACCUCUCUGCUGAAUCUUCCGUUUGCCGGUCGUAGACUGUUUGACCAGAACGGCAAUGAGCACUUUACGCUGAAGACACUGAAGCGGGAUCAGUUGGUGUUUGUGUCAUGUGGCGAGAUUUGGACAGACCCCAAUCUGACAAAGGUCGAGCAACAGCGCCGAUUCCUGCUAUCACAGCUGGCACAGGACGUGGCCAAGAUACGACAGUAUGCUGCACUACGCAAUCCCGAAAGGUAUGUCCUCCAAGUUGACCCAAGCAUGCAGCCCAAUACCCAGGUAAUCGUCCACCAGCAGUGGUCAAAGGACGAUGAGAUGAUUGACCCUUUAAAGGUGGAUGGACCGGUCAGCAUGGCGGCCAAGCCACUGCCUAGUGUCCAGUCUGAGAAUGCUGAUAAAACCUGUCACGAUCUAGCCCAUGAGAGAUCAGAACAGCGUCUUAAUAACUUGAAGUGGCCGUGGGAAAGACUUGUUAACGUGAACAACAGCUUUGACUCCGACCCAGAAGCAAAUAAAUACACUGACAGGGAGAUGUAUGAAAAGUUCAAGCCUAAGCAAGUGACAAAGAUUUCACGUGAUACGCUUCAGCGUUUUGUGUUCGAGGAUGGUUACAUUGCACUCGCAAACAACAAAAAUCUUGUGUUGAGCGUGUCAGAGCCAGAAGGUCGAGUUGUGGAUGUGCGUCUGAUGAAAAGGCGACCAGAUGACAUCUAUCAGCAAUGGCUGAUGAAAGAAAAUGGCGAAAUUCGCCCCAGACACAGCCUUCAGACAGUUCUUACUGUCUCAAUGCCGAACAACGAACCCUUUGCUGAGGAUGAACAGGGUCGACCUUUGACCUUCAUUGGCUGCAAAGUCAUGCUGCAGACACGUCGAACCAAUGAAUUUGGCAAGGCACAUCAGAGAUGGAGAUAUGAUGCUGAGACAGGUUUCAUACACGCUUUCUACACAGAUCUGCCAGACAAAGAGAUUACAGCAGCAAACAAAGCUGAUGUUUGCACAUUCUCUAUUGCAAACACCUCCAAGAUUGAUCAGCCUGGUUAUGUGGCUCUGAUCCCCGUUCUGACACCUCCAGACCGCACGGCCUUCAAGCAGAUCCGUGUAUGUGUGUCCUGCGCGCGAGCCAUGCGGGGCAGAUACAAGCUCAUAAGGCUGCCUGAGAACACGCCGUUCUCAUGUGCGAUGGGCAACGCGAAGGGUCUGAAGUUGCCACAAGUGGGAAGCUUCCGUGUGCUCAAUGGGAAGGUGGACCUCUCAACGCACGAAUACGAGCUCACCCUGCAGGAGUGGGAGGAGAAGCUACGCAAACUGCACGAGGCCACCAGUGCACGAGUGAUCAACAAGGAGAUCAAUGUGGCGCGCACCGUGCGCACCAUUAAAGUGCAGGCGUACAAGAAUGGCGAGGGGCGGCUGCGGCCAGGGGAGAUAAUCUGCGGGUCCAGUGUCAUUGGGAUUCUGAGCCAGUGCACGACGCGGCUGGGACUAAACCAGGCAGCUGUGCGUAUGUUCACAGAGGAUGGCACCACAAUCGUUGAGGUGGAGGACAUAGUGGACUGGGCUGUAGACAACUACCAGGCCAUGUGGGUGCACCAGGUGGAGAGGAUGGAGCAGGGGAAAACUGAUGAGGACAUUGAGCAGAGGGGUGAGGGUGAAGGACAGGAAGGAGACACAGAGGAUGGACAGGAGAAAGCUGAAACUGAUUCAAAUGAGGCAGGUAAGGCAAGAAAGCGUCGAGAGUACCUGCUGGCCAAGUACCCACCCCCACCGACGGAGGUGAUACUACGCUAUCCCAUAGAGGUGUGGGUUUCUAGUGGGAAACCAUUUGUACCACCUGAAGUGGUUGAGUCAAAGGUUGAGAACCGCAAGAAGAAGCGAGCAUUCAGAUCUGCUGUGUCCUUGGAGCUGGAUAUUGAGAAACACAUCUUGAGAAGCAUGAAAGGUCGCCGUCUGGAUGAGUUGAGCCCGGGGGAGUACAAGGGCACGAAGAAUUCUCAGAAGCCCGUCGUGGUGGAAGGUCACUGGGAGGAGCCGACACCUGAGGAACAGGAGAAACAUGACACUGUGCAUAAAUUACAGGAGCAUCUUGCGGAGGUGAAAAUGAAUCAGAAAGAGAAGACAGUCCCACUCGUGCUGAAUAUGAACAAGUCCCUCUACAAGCAGCCUGAUACGAAACGUAUCCAGGCAUACCCAAAUGGCGAGUCAGUCGAGCGGGCGACUUACAUCUGGGGUGACACCUUCCAGCAGCUUCUAGACAGCGCCACCUUCAGGCUAAACCUUUGGCAACCUGCCAGGAGAUUUUUCACGCUCGAGGGAAAUGAGGUGACCAAGUUUUCGGACAUCCAGAAGGACGAAGUGCUCUGCGUGUCGACAGGUAAACCGUUCAAGCAGAGCGUGACCAGUCGUCUGGAUGUAGAGGUGAAGGCCAACUGGUCCCGCGCACACAAACAGUACGGUCCCACUGCCACAGACGUACACGUGGUGGCACCGUCCAACCCCAAUGUGAAUGUGGACCCUUUUGGACCCCCAGCCCUUGCGCUGCCACUAACUAAUGGGGACAGGUCUGCAAACCCCUUGAAACCAAUUACAGACAAGACCACAUCUGCCAAGGCAUUUUAAAGGGGCAGAAAUUGGUGCAGAAAUGUCUUCACCUCUCAAGUAAAAUGGAAAUCUAAUGGGAGAGAACUGGUCAGUCCAGAAAACAACAUAUAAAAGGGAGAGAUUUGACAAAAUCACAACACAUGUAAUAUGAUAUGAUUUUGACCAUCCACAUGGUUCAUAAUGAAGUCAAUGGAUCUGAAUUUUAAAGUUGUGGGAAUGUAGUUCAAAAUAAUGAUGACAUGCAUGUGAUGUUUAUGGACAAUGUGAUUUUUACAUUUAAUUGUCUUUUUAACAUAUUUUGAAUUGACAAUUAUGUUAACUUACAUUAGUUUAGAAUGUAUUUUUACAUGCCGCACAUAGAUUAGAAGAUGUGUGCUUGCAGUGGAAUUGCAACUUUUGGUGCUUGGCAUUUUGCAUUUUGAGUUUGGAAGGAUUGUGAUAAAUCUUGCAUCAAGACGCUGUUUUCAGUAGCAUAUAAUGUAGAGUCUUCUAAUUGUGUUAAAAUUAAAUAUUUGUGGAGGCAUAAGUUUGGGCAUAUUUGUUGGAUCUUAAUUUUGUGGACUUUGCUAUAAAGUCUAAAAUGAGACUUCAGAGAAAAAACAAGUUGAACAUUUCAUUUUAAUGUGGAGCAGAACAAAAUUAGUGUCAGAUAGCUAAUAUUGGUUUUGCAGUAUGUGUGAUUUUUACGGUAAUAGAAUGAAGUUAUUUUUUCUAUAGAUUAUUUUCACACAAUCUGACAAUUGAUUCACAAGUGUAUGUUUUGCAUUUACUCAUCCUGUGUUCUAUGCUGACUUUCCUAAGCUAAGCGCAUUACAUGUUCCUUAAAACUGUGGUUAACUGUGAUAUACAUGUGUACUUUUGUUGCUAUGAACUUGAACAGUCUAUCAUUCUUCACAAUUGUCAAAAAAAAGCACUGUUUUGAAUGUUUCAUGAAAACUCAAUUUUUUUUCGUAUUCAAUAUGAGAUGAUUUCAUACAUUCAGUUUUUUUUAAAUAUGUACAUGAACUAUGUAAUUGUUGCUUUACUUGUUUUUAUCAAUAGUAAAUGAUUAAUUGGCACAUUUUUUGUUUUAAUGCUCCAUAAUAUAUAAUACUAUGUGUAUAACUUUGAACACAUUUUAUUAUAUGCCGUCAUUUUAAUUACACUAUCUGUGAUAAUUGCCUCGUUGCAUGUCUUUCAAGUUAAGAAUCGAGUGUUACCAUUGUGAUGUCCAUUGCCCAUUAACAUUUAUUUGAAAAAAAAAUCAAAUUAUAAGAAUCCUAACUGUCUCUUUUGUGAACUAAUUAAACUUCCUUUCUUCUAGUCCUCUAUAUAUGAGACCAAGCAAUGAAAUGCAACUAUUCCAUGUUAAUUGGAAUUUAAUGUUUUUUAUCUGUAAGUAUAUAAGUAGGAGUACUUUAUGCUCAUUUAUAUGUACUUGUUUUUGUUGAACAAACUUUUUAAUUGAUAUAUAAUUGGUUAAAAUCUAAUUUUCAGUUCUUUAUGAAUCUUUUUUUUCCAUUAUGCAUUCCCAAAGAUUGUUUAUUUCACUAGCUUUUUUAAAUCAGAAUUAAAUUUAUAUGUACUGCUUUGCCUUGUUAGGGACCUUUUAAUGCAUGUUUUUAGAGAUCUUGUAUUUAUUUAUUAAUUUUAUUUACAAUAAUGUCAGGACACUAUAUUUAACCAGACAACCAUAAUCAGUAGAUUUAUCCAAUAUUGUUGGGAAUGGCCGAAAGGGUAAUAGAGUUUAUUUAAUUUUAUUAUUGUUGCUUCUUUUAGCUACUUGAUCAGUUGUUGCAACUGCGAUUGAAGGAAGCAACAUUUUGUGUAUCGAUUUUAUCGUGAUUUUAUUUAUAGUAGUAAAUUAUUGCUGUAUGUACAAUAUUUAGUGUUCACUCAUUAACGCAGAAUAUACAUAGAUUUAUGUAAAUUUGGUAAAGUUAAUAAAUUAUAUUUUUAUCGACCUGGCGUGUUAUUCCAGAAGCAUCUUAAGUUAAUUUUUAUUUUUAUCCUUAAAUUGGGAAUUUUUCUUAAGUGUUUCAUUUCAUAUUGCAAUAGUUAGGCAUUGAAAAUUACAUCAAAAUAACAUCAGUAUGUCAAAGUUAUUUUUAUAUACACCAAAAAAACAUGCAUGUCUUUAUUUAGUAGAGAAAUACAAAACAUUGAAAUUUUGAACUUAAGUGAAAAUAUUUAAGAAAUGACUUAAGAUGUUUCUGGAAUAGAACCUCUGUUGUAUUUAUGUGAACUAAACAUAUCUGCUUAGUUAUUGUCGCAGUAGUCAUGCGCAGACAGUAGAUGUUGUACAAUUGAAUGCAUGGAAGUAUCGUGCAGAUUGUAAUGCAUCAUUCAAGGGCUAAGAUUUUGACAACACUUAAACAAAGAGGGUCAAUGCAAAAUGAAAUCGUAUUUUUUUUUAAUUUCAUGGUUUAUACAAAUUAAUAAAAUUGUCACCAAUUACUUGUGUACAUAUCGGCUCUGAUGUCUAUUUUCAAGCCUAUUUUAUCAAUGUGGUAUUCAAGGAACAUCCGUCCAUUUAUUUCAAGUAUUUUGUUCUCAACAGAAAACCUUUUGUUAUGCUAUUUUUCAUUUAUUUGUGAUUUAUUCAUGAUAAGCAAUGUAUUUAUUUCUUGUUUUCAUUUUACAUCCUUAUAUAUGUUGGCAGAUUCAGACCUGAAUCAGAAUUCACAUUGUAUUGUGGGAAAACAUUACAUUGCUGAACACUCAUUGGAUACUAGUAUACGAAUUUGUGCCUGUUGAUAGAAUGCUUUUGUAUAUUUUGACAAACGUGAAUGCAGGACACUUAAUUGGACAAAUUUACAUGUUUUGCACUUUUGUUUACGUUUUAUAAAAUAUUAUUCUUAAAUGACUACGCUCAUUUAAUUAGUACUCUUGUAGACUUUCAAUUUUAUUGUAGUAAUAAAACCAUUGAAAGCAUG